GUUCUUUCAGUAAUCUCAGCCGCAUCAAGUAUAUUAUCGCAUCAAACAACUCAAUUUGUUCAUCAUUAACUCUAUAAUUACACAAUUUUACACAUUUAUUGUAGAUAAAACAAGAUAAGAGGUUGAAGCACUUAGUUUUCAUCUAUAAUUAUUAGUUUUUGGUGAGAUUUUGUGGAAUUUAUUGGCAAUCUUUGAUGUAUCUUGAAGAAAUCUAGGUACAAAUUAAAUUGCAUCAGUUUUAGACAUCAACAAUUCCUCUACUUAUCCGUUCACACUUAAUUUUAAGUCCAAAAAGCUUUGUAUUCUCAGACAAUUCUCACAAAUCCCUUCAGAAAUCACUCUUAACGGGUUCAUUGCACCUCAUCAACUUCUAAACAUUGAGUAGCCAUUCUCCUCUAGCUAACCAACCCACACAAUGAACGGCUACAAAUUCUCAAUUGACCGCGGUGGCACCUUCACCGAUGUCCUCGCAAUCAGACCCGAUAAAUCCAUCAGAACCAUGAAGCUUCUAUCUGAGGAUCCUCAAAAUUAUCCCGACGCACCAACAGAAGCGAUCAAAAGAAUUUUGACUGAAGAUCUUGGUGAGUCUGCAGUCACUUCCAAUGGAUUAAUUGACACAGCAAAGAUUGAAUUCAUCAGGAUGGGAACGACAGUUGCUACAAAUGCUCUGCUGGAACGAAAAGGAGAGAAAAUCGCAUUGGUUGUGAAUAAAGGAUUUAAGGAUGUCCUGCAGAUUGGGAAUCAAGCGAGGCCAAAGAUUUUCGAUUUAAAUAUUCGAAAGCCGUCAAAUUUGUACGAAGAAGUUAUUGAGGUUGACUGCAGAAUUGUGCCUGAAAGGCCUGACUGUCAACUAGGAAAAAUGUCUGAAAAUUGGAGAAAAAUUCCUGGAAUUUCAAAUUCUGUGUUUUUGGUCAUGAAGGAACUAGACAAAAAAUCUAUCAAGUCACAACUUCAAAAAGUCUUAAGCAAUGGCAUCAAAUCCAUUGCUGUCUGUUUAGCACACUCUUAUGCCUGUCCAGAACAAGAAAUUGCAGUCGGAAAAAUCGCACAAGAUAUCGGUUUUACAACUGUGACUUUAUCCCAUCAAGCCAUGCCAAUGAUUCGACUAGUUCCUCGUAGCUUCACAUGCUGUGCUGAAGCUUACUUGACACCACAUGUUGAGAGGUAUCUGAAAUCAUUCAGAGCUGGAUUCCAUAAGAAUCUAGAAGGUGUUGAGGUGCUGUUCAUGCAAAGCGAUGGUGGACUUACCAAUAUGGAUAACUUUAGAGGAGCUAAGGCAAUUUUAUCUGGACCAGCUGGUGGUGUUAUUGGAUUUAGUGUGACUGGAAAGAGAGACACUGACUUGCCGUUGAUUGGGUUUGAUAUGGGAGGUACCUCAACUGAUGUCUCAAGGUUCGAUGGACAUUACGAUCAUGUAGUUGAGUCAACAACAGCUGGAGUCACUAUUCAGGCACCACAACUUGAUAUUAACACUGUAGCUGCUGGUGGUGGAUCACAGUUAUUCUUUAGGUCUGGAAUGUAUGUUGUUGGACCGGAAUCUGCAGGAGCUCAUCCAGGCCCAGCAUGCUACAAAAAGGGAGGACCCUUAACAAUCACAGAUGCCAAUCUAGUGCUAGGUCGUCUAUUUCCAGAAUAUUUCCCAAAAAUCUUCGGACCCAAAGAAGAUGAACCUCUUGACUUAGAAGCAGCAACAAAUAAAUUCACAGAAAUCGCUAACACAAUCAACAUCCACAACAACAAAUCUGAAACUCUGUCAAUUCAGGAAGUAGCCAUGGGAUUCAUCCGAGUAGCAAAUGAAGCCAUGUGUCGUCCAAUUCGUGCAUUAACUCAAUCAAGAGGAUUUGACACAUCGAAGCAUGCUUUGGUGGUUUUUGGAGGUGCUGGUGGUCAGCAUGCUUGUUCUAUUGCAAAGGAACUUGGCAUGAAGAAGGUUUUGAUCCACAAAUAUGCUGGAAUCUUGUCAGCAUAUGGAAUGGCAUUAGCUGAUGUUGUUCAUGAUACACAAGAGCCGUGUGGAUUGGUGUUUGAGGAUGGAAAUAUUAGACAUGUUAAGGAGCUGUUGGAUAGGCUGUCAAAAGUUUGUGUUGACCAGCUGGAAACUCAGGGAUUUGGGAAGGCCAACAUUUUACUUGAGCCAUACCUGCAUUUGAGGUACAGUGGAACUGAUUGUGCAUUAAUGAUAUCACCUAGUAAGGACGAUCUGAUCUCUGAUGUGCCUGGAUAUGGGAACUUUAUAGAUUCAUUCCUUAAAAGGUACCAAAAAGAGUUUGGAUUCCAACUCGAGAACCGAUCAAUCAUUGUCGAUGACGUCAGAGUUCGUGGCUGUGGAAAGUCAAAGAUUCCAGAAGAACUGUCAAUUCCUAGUGCUGUAAACAAUGAAAAUCCAGUUCCAGUGAAAAUUUCAAAAGUUUUCUUUGAUGAUAAGUGGAUGGACACUGGAUUGUAUAUGAGAGAAGACUUGCUAGCUGGACAUAAGAUUAUCGGACCUGCUGUGGUCAUUGAUAAGCUGUCAACAAUCAUUAUUGAGCCUAAUUCUUAUGGAGUCAUCACGAGUAAAGGUGAUAUUGUGGUUGAAAUUGAGAACAUCGCACAGAAAGUUGUUGGAACUGACUUGGAUCCAAUUCAGCUGUCAAUCUUUAGUCACAGAUUCAUGAGCAUUGCUGAACAAUGUGGAAGAAUCCUUCAAAGAACUUCAAUUUCCACAAAUAUUAAAGAACGCUUAGACUUCAGCUGUGCGCUCUUUGGUCCAGACGGAGGACUAGUCAGCAACGCUCCUCACAUUCCAGUUCAUCUUGGUGCUAUGCAGGAAACUGUCAGGUUCCAAAUUAAAUCACGCGGUGGCUCACUUAAGGACGGGGAUGUGAUUCUAUCCAAUCAUCCACAAGCUGGUGGUUCACACUUGCCUGACUUAACAGUCAUAACUCCCGUCUUUUAUCCAUCAGUUCCAAAUCCUGUCUUUUUUGUUGCUUCUCGUGGACAUCAUGCAGAUAUCGGUGGAAUUUCUCCAGGCUCAAUGCCACCACAUUCUAAGAGCUUGUCUGAAGAAGGUGCUGCAUUUAAGUCGUUUUUGCUAGUCGAUGGACAUAUCUUCAAUGAGCAAGGAAUCACAGAAGAACUUAUAGCAGCUGGAAGUAGAAAUUUAAGUGACAACAUUUCUGACCUUAAAGCUCAAAUAGCUGCAAAUCAUAAAGGAAUCCAGCUGGUUCGAGAACUGAUUGACAUUUAUGGACUUGAAGUCGUUCAAGCAUUCAUGAAUUAUAUACAACAAAAUGCUGCUGAGUCUGUUAGGGAUAUGCUGAAAGAAAUAGCUAUGGAUGCAAGGAAUCGAACUGGUAACAGUGUCCUUCAAGCUACUGAAUUUAUGGACGAUGGAACUCCAAUAACCUUGACAGUCAAGAUCAACGAAGAUAAUGGAACUGCUGUGUUUGACUUCACAGGAACUGGAUAUGAAUUUUACGGCAACUGCAAUGCACCAAAAGCUAUUGUCAUGUCCGCAAUCAUUUAUUGCCUACGCUGCAUGGUCGGAUUUGAUAUUCCACUGAAUCAAGGCUGCUUAAACCCAAUUGAUGUCAUCAUUCCUGAUAAUUCCAUUCUCAAUCCAUCAGAAGGUGCUGCUGUGGUCGGUGGAAAUGUCCUCACAUCCCAAAGAAUCGUCGAUGUGAUCCUUAAAGCAUUUAAUGUCUGUGCUGCAAGCUGUGGAUGCAUGAACAACAUAACAAUUGGUGACGAGAAGUGGGGAUACUAUGAGACUGUUGGUGGUGGUUCUGGAGCUGGACCUAACUGGAAUGGAACGUCAGGUGUUCAUACUCACAUGACUAAUACAAGAAUCACUGACUUGGAGAUUAUGGAACAAAGAUAUCCAAUAAUAUUAAAGUCAUUCUGCUUGAGAAAUGAUGAAUCUGCUGGAACUGGAUUGUUUACAGGCGGUGAAGGAAUCAAAAGAGAACUGAUGUUCAGAAAGCCUGUGACAUUGUCAGUUCUGACUGAACGUAGAGUUAUAAAGAAUUAUGGAUUAGAAGGCGGCGAGUCUGGGAAGGUUGGAUUGAAUUUAUUGAGGAAGUUUGAUGGAAGGAUCAUCAAUUUAGGUGCUAAAAAUGCUGUUAAUGUUGAUGCUGGGGAUGUUUACUCAAUGUUGACACCAGGUGAGAUAUCAAAUUUAUUUAUUAGGGAUGUUUUAUGAAUUGUGGAAUCUUAUAGGUGGUGGUGGAUAUGGACGGAAAAGAAAGUCAGAACAAAAUUCAGCAGAUGAUAAGGAUAUGGAAAAGAUGAAGACAUUUUAUGAGAAAGGGAGCGUAUUUGCUUAUCGUAUGAAUCAGGAAUCAGUUUAAGCAUGGAUACAUGGGAUCUAGGGGCGUCGGAAGAGAAGAGUAAGUUGGAAUCCAGGAAAUCCUGGCAUGUUAAAGAGUUAUUC